AUGAGUGAAAAGAAUUCGCUAUUUGUUAAAGAUGACGAAGAUGAUGAUGUUGAUAUGAUUUCAAAUGCAAAUGAUUCGACAACAAAAGAAGGUACUAGCAGUGUUGCUGUUGAAUCAAUGGAUAUUGAUAUUGAUAAUGAUUCUUUAGAUUCUAAUUCAGAUGAAGCUAACUUUGAUAUUGAUGAAGAAGAUCCAAUAAUUGAAGAAAUUCCAUUAAACAUUGGUGGUAAAGAUGAGCAUUUACAUAUUUUGCAAUACAUUGGUAAGAACAAAAGACUUGGUAAAAAACCUGCAAAUCAUCCAUUUGUUUCUGAUAUAAGGUAUAAAGCUAAAUCAUCUGUAUGGGAAUUAGAAAUUCCAUUGGAUGAAAGUUCUUUUUUUAAUAAGAAUAAAGACAAUGAAAUUAAUGGAGGUGAUGAUUGGGAGGAUGCAAAUAUCCAAUAUUUAAAGGGUGUUAGUGUCAAAAAUAAUGGGCAAUAUGUUGCAUUUUCAAGUAAUAAGCAAGUAUAUCUUUUACCAGUGGAAAAAAUUGCACAAGUGAAGCCAUAUUUUAAACAUAUCGAUGAUCUUACAAAGAAAAGGAAACAAAUUGAAUCUAAAAACAAUGCUACUCCAGCUAGUCAAAAGGCACAAGUCGUUACUAUGUCUGUGAAAUCCGUUAGUGAUCAGGCAGCAAACAAGUUAGCUGGUUCUCUAAGAGCGCAUAAAAUUGAGGCUGAAGAGGAUCCAUUAAAAUUAAGCUGGGUUGAGAAUACUUUUAACAGUUUUAGAGAUUCAGUAAAACAAGAAGUUUCAGAACAUCAAUUGAAAUGUAUUUCUGAGAGGGAUGUAUAUUUAAGCAAAUUAUUUCAUUAG